AUGACUGCUCUGCUUCCCAACGUCAGCGCUGCUCUGCUGCUGCCCACCGACUGCCCCUUCAACCUGACGGCAGCUGCUCAGGCGGGACUCAGCUCGGACCGGUCCCUGGCGCCGCUCUGUACUCUCUGCUGCUGUGGGUUUCUCAAUCGCACCUUGGCAGUGGUGUUCAUGGUCAGCCUGGCGUUUGCCAUCGUGGUUGGAAAUGUGGUCACGCUUACGGUCUUUGUACAAACGAGGCAGUCGAGAACACCGCAGGGAUAUUUGAAAGUGUCUCUGGCCAUAGCAGACAUGAUGGUCGGUGUCCUCGUGGUUCCUUUCUCAGUCUACACUGAAAUCUCUCUGAUGGUGACCAGCGCUCCUCCCACGUGGUACCAGGGCACUUCCCCGGCCACCUCAUCCCCCCUCGGUGGACCAGUGAGCCCUUGGCAGCCCUGCAUGCUGAUUGGUCCUGUGUUUGCUGGAUGCACUUUUGUCUCCAUCAGCACCAUCUUCCUGAUGACCCUGGAGCGAAGCGUGGCCAUCCUGCGUCCGCUGCACAAGGACGCCUUGGUGACCCGAAGGCGAACGCUGCUCCUCAUCCUGCUCUCCUGGGCUGCCAGCUUCCUGCUGGCUCUCGCUCCACUCAUCUUCAGCAGAAACUUCACUUUGGAGUACAAUGAGUGCAGCCGUAUGUGUAACUACAGCCCGCUACUGUUUGGGAGGCAGCUGCCACCCGACGCCAACAUCUUGCUCUUAUUCCCAGCGUUUGACUUCACUCUGCUCGGUGGCACUUUAGCAGUUAACAUUGUGUCUUUCACCAGCAUCCGACGGUACUCUCGAAAACGCAAACUGCUCUCAGAGGGGAGUGUGAGUGAUGCAGGAGGAGCUGGAGGAGGAGGAGGAGGAGGAUGCCCUCACAGACCCUCCUUCUCAGACAUCAAAGCUGCCAAGACAAUCGGCAUAUUAACAUUCGCAUUCACAGCAUCUUUCUCCCCCAUCGCAGUGUUUGUGCUCGGGAACGUGGUGGGAUACACCUGGUGUAAUUUUUCCUUUUUUGCCUUCUGGAUUCUGACAGGAAACAGUUGCUGUAAUGUGAUUAUCUACAGCGUCAGGGACCACCGCUUCAGGAAGGGCGUGACGCUGCUCUUUCAGCGAGACCAGUCCCCUCCACAUGGUGAGAAGACCUGA